AUGGAGACAAUAAUUUCCGAGGCCAACAUAAUUGACCACGUGACCGAUGAGUUCCAAAUAAUCGAAAUUUUAUCCAUGGAAAAUAAAGACCAAUUGAAUAGUUUAAAGAGCGAUUGGAAACAACGUAGGCCGUAUAAUAGCCGGAAGGGAAAACACAGACAGACUCUACCACUAUCUACCAACGCAACAAAUGCUGCCAGUGCAAAUCACGAACAGCCCAAAGCUCAAAAGGAUGAACAAACAUUGAAACAAUUUAGAAAGGGUAUUACCAAACGUAAUGAAAGAUAUCAAGUACGUUGGCCAUGGAAGAGAUCUGGAAUCAAAUUGAGCUAUAACUACGGAUUGUGUUUCGGCUGUCUGCGAAACCUGAUUGGACUACUUCAAUUCUAUAAAAGGGAACAACAUGACGAAAUAAACCAAGAUCGGUUGCGCUCUGACAUAAUUGAAGUGCAACCACACAUGGACCAGUGA